GAAACACUUGUAGAGAAGCGUUUGUCACCAAGUCUAGCUUUCCUGUUUGGUCCACAUCUGACUUGUCAUCUGUCAUUGGUUCAGUCCCAUCUACUGCUGGCUAUUGCUGACACCAUAUACGCAAUGCCAGAGUUUGAAGAGGAAACCAGUCAACCUGAACCCACUCGCAAAAUGAGUGCAAGUACUUUCAAAUCAAGUAAACCCCCUCCAUCCCUCGCAUCACGCAGAACAGCCAUCAAGACUGUAGACGAAGCUCUGGCUGGGGAUCCUGCUGGAAGUGAAGACAGUGCUAGUGUGACUGAAGAUAGCAGUCGUAUAUUUACUGGAGGAAAGAUACCACCAACUAUGGAGAAAAUUAAAGGCAUCCUGUUAAGUACUGCCGAGCAGUCAUUGGCUGGAUUGUGUGAAACCAUCACUGAACAAGGUGGGAAUGAUCUUGCUGCUUCAGAAUUAGAAUUGGUUGUGGUAUGUAAGUUAGAACUUGCUGCUAUUGCUAGGCAACGUCACUUAUCAAAGACGAGUACUGACAUAGUCGUAACAGCUAUGAAACUUAUUGAAGACAGUCCAGUCUUUGAGGAAAUGAGGGAGUCUCAAAUGAGAACAAGACCUUCUUCCAUGCGUGGUACACGUAAUAAAACUGAACCACCAUCCUUAGUGACAAUAACACAGCCCAAUAAAUCUAGUCAGUACCAAUAUCAGAAUUUCCAGAGCAGAUCACGACUUGAUGCCAGACUCUGGUUGGACUGUAGACUGGCACUGGUUAAAGGUUUGAUGGGUGAAAUAAAAGGAAUGGGACAAAUCGGAGGGAGAAGUGUUGACUUACAGAUACCCGAUGCCCGUCAGUAUUGCGUUGAUGGUCUGUCUGAAGCUGAAGCAUGCGGUGAUAUUGAAAUGCAAGCUGAGUUUCUGAUGCUUGGUGCUUCCAUAGAUCUACAGGAAGGCAGAGAACUUGAUGAUGUCAAACAAGUCUUAAUGGAAGUUGUUGAAAUGCUGAAGCACUUACAGACAAUCUCUACUCUGGGUCAGUUUUUACUGGGCACUGCUGUCAGCCAGCUGACUGAUUUAGAAAUGUUAUCUGCUCGUGCUUAUGAGCAAGAAAAGGGAGAACCUAUGACCAAACAAGCACUGAACAAUUACUCUCUUGCUCAGAACAUCAUGCUUAAACAGCUAAUGCUGUUAGGAGAAACAAUAGAACAUAAAGCUGCUAGUCCGUACUAUUCAUCUCCAGUGAGUCCUCUACUCAACAUCUAUCAUCCACAUGUACUGUAUUUGGCAAAGAUCAAAUUGCGUAUUGGAUACACAUUGGCACGAGAAGCCACAAGAGUUCAAGCCAAGCUUUUAAAAAAGAAUCUUGGAGAGAAGUCAGCUGAUGUGUGGAUAGAAUGUGCAGCUGUUUUAGGCACAGCACUAGAGCUGUGUAGAGUGUGUACAAGAAGAGAGCCUAGUCUAGAAGCUGAAAUCCUCCUGAAUUUAGGUAAAGUUCAGCGCCAACUGUUUGAAUGCGGGUCCUAUCAACCUAGACAUGUUGCUAGUACAUUAUUGGAGGCCAUCAACAUCAGUUAUAAUUCAAAUCAUGAUUUAGGACUCAUUCGGCAAGCAUAUCUAGAGAUUGCAUUGGUGUAUUUAUCUGCUAGACCACAGACCAGUGAGUCAACCCUUGCUGUGGAGGACGUAGAGCUACCUCGUAAAAAGACUGCUACACCAAGCAAAGCGUCCAGGGGUAGUACCAAAGCCUCAGUGAGAAGUCAGAAAAGUCAGCGAGAUGUUGUACGCGAGAAAAAUCGGGAACGCAUAGCUGCGUGGACAGCCAUUCGUGCUGCCACGGCUGCUGCAGUAGCUCAACGUACCAGGUCCCUGAUGAUUGGUGAUCCUCAACUGACAUCACUAAGAUUGAAGAGUAAAGUACGUGAAAGUGUUCCAGAGUUUCUUGUCAUGGAUCUCCUUGGCGGAAUAAGUGAAAACCCAAGUCAGACAGUGAAACGAGCAGAACCUCAUCCUAAAGGUCUUGAGCCAGUUGAAGAAGUACAUCAAGCCAGUGAGACUGAUUCUGUGGAGUCUGGAGAAGAUGAUGUGAUCAAGGCACUCAGAGCUGGCUCUGAUAUCACCUGGAUACAUCUCUUGGGCUACAGCUCUAUUUUACAACGUCUUUGUAACACUUCAACCCUUGGGAUUGCAGCAGAUACCUUGCAGAAUGGUGGUGCAGUCAGCCUUGGUACUGGGUUUGAACUAGGUUACUACAGCUCCGGGAAAGAUGCCUGCACCAAUCAUGAUAUCAUUCGCCUUCCUCUGAUGUGUGGAAAUAUGGCUUUGCGUCAAACUAUCCUGCACCAGUUCUUAGCAACCAACUUGUCUCUGUAUGCUAGUGACUGCGUUGCCAUCACUCCACCGAGUGCACUGCAGUUGAAGCCACAAGGUUCGGCAACUGAAUUGAACAUACCAGUUAUAAAAUAUGAAGAGAACAUGUACAUCCCGCAGGAGAUUGAAGAUGAAGAUCUACCAGCAGCGGCGUCAACACAGGCAUCUGUUCCCAGCAGUCCCAAGAAGAAGGUUGUUAGUGAUGCCAUCAUGGCCAAAGAAACCUUAGAAAAAUCAGUGAUCAGUAGCGCAGAAAACGAGAUAUCAAUUCAAUGGUAUCAGCCAUCAUUUGAAAGUGGCCCAGCCAGUGUCAUGAAUGGCGUAUUGUUCAUCUUUGCUUUGAACAAACAAGAGAAAAGACAGAAAUCCUCGGCUACUAGUCAGCCCCCUCCAAUCACCAACACAGGAAAAAUGUGGUUGACCUUUCCCGAACUUGCUGAGCUCCAUGACAAACUUGCAGUGGUACGACAGAAGGCUGAGAUAUCAUUAGCAGAACAGCCAAAACCUCCAUCCACACCACAGACGCCUACUUCUGGGAAACCAUCUAGCAGGAAAUCCAAAAGAACGACUCGUAUCACUCAGCUGUCUGCAAAGGUCAAGAGAGAUGAGAACUUAGAGGCACUGUUGAAGCAGUGUAUCAGUGAUAUUUACACUCUCUUGGAGUAUAAAUCAGAUGAACAACUUUCUGAAGAGAUUCCUUUUCCUGUCAUCUUGGCCAACAUUCACAAUCUGGAGCAGUUGUUUGAUCCUAGCAAUGGUGACUGGAUGAAGAAUAAUAGCGAUGUCUUCAAAUGGCUGACUAGUGUCUUACAGUAAAAGCUCUGACCAGAAAAUUGAGCUGUAUACACAGAUGUUUAAUCUGACAUAAAUUAUUGUAUAUGUAUAUGUAUGAUAUAUAUAUAUAUAUCAUCUGGAGUGUCAUUUCAAUUACGAAUUCAUUCAAAUCGUAAAUUAAUCCCCA